AUGUCUAUUUGGAAACAGUGUGAAAAAUCCAAUAAUAAAGGGGUACCUACCACAGUCAGGCUUGGUAAACACAACUACGAAAGUGCGAGUGACGAUGCAAAUGAGGAAGACUUCGAAAUUUCGCAACUGGUUCGGCACCCAAAUUAUUCAUUCCCAGUCGCCUACCAUGACCUUGCUCUGCUGCAGCUCUCGACUAAGGUCAUUCUGAAGAGAUAUAUAUCUCCCGUGUGCUUACCUUGGGGAGCCGAAAUCCAGAGGAACCUGACAAGAAGGACCGUGAAACUAACUGGAUGGGGAGACACUCAAUUCGCUGGAAGGCCGAGUCCAGCCCUGCAGGAGGUAGACGUCACUAUGUUCCCGAUUUCCACCUGCCAAAGAGCCUACUCAACCCUCAGGCAGUCCAGCGUCCACUGGCCCAGAGGCAUCGGGCAGGAGACGGUUUGCUCUGGGCACGAGCAAGGAGGCCGAGACGCUUGUCAGGGUGACUCCGGCGGACCGCUGACUUAUCAAGGAGACGAGGGGAAAUACUUCCUCAGUGGAAUCGUUUCUACGGGAUACGGUUGCGGCAACAAGGACUUCCCCGGCAUCUACGCCAACGUCCUUCACGCUCCCCAUCUGGCAUGGAUUAAAAAGUCGCUUUCUAAGCAAGAUGUAAAGGGAAGAUUGCGGUGUCAUGUCAUUGAAAGAUGGGGAGGAUUUGUGCAGUAGAAUGUGACACUUCUUGUAUUAUAGAUGGUUCGGAAAAAAUGAGUAGACUGUUCAUUCCAACUGUGCAUGGGUAUUUAUGUACUUUUGUGCAUACUUACAAACUGAAUGAGACUUAUUCACCCCUAUAUAAGAAAGAGACAAUCACUAACACAUAUGCAUCUACAUUAUAUAUACCUAUAUUAUAUAUAUAUAUAUAUAUAUAUAUAUAUAUAUAUAUAUAUAUAU